UUUUAAUGGACUUUAAUUUUUAGAACAGUUUUAGUUCACAGCAAAAUUGAGCAGAAGGUACAGAGAUUUCCCAUAUAUCCAAUGCCUCCACAUGUGCAUAGUCUCUGCAUAUAUGCAAGUUUUUAAUUAUCAAAGGCAAGCGUUGCCUUUUUUUUAUUUACACAAGUAAAAACACACCCACUGAAAAUAUAGAAAAUACAGAAAAGUAAAAAGAAGUAGAGACAAAAAUUACCCAUGAUUCCAUCACCUGUAAACAACUAUUGCUGACAUUUUAAUGUAUUUCUUUCUCAUCUUUUUUCUUUGCAUUUUUAAUAAGUAAUUUUCACUCUGCCCGCUUAUUAUAAAAUAAUGUUCUAUAAACUCUUCUUAAACAUGAUUUUUUAAAAAAUGGCUGCAUAAUUUAGCAUCACAUAGAAGAUAUCAUACUUUAUACUUUAUUUAACCAGUCUCUACUCUUAAAAAUAAUACUAAGAUGAUCAUUUUUAACAUAAAUGUGUGGGUAUAGUGUCAUUUUCUUGGUUUUACUUCUUAGACAUAGAAUCAUUGACUCAAAUGGUAUAAACAUGUUUACAUUUUGUAGUAUAUACCACAUAAAUAUUUCCCCCAAAAUAUAUGGAAAAUGAGCAAGAUCGCUGAGAAUCAAAGAAAUACAAAUAAUGAGAUAACAUUUUCACCCAUUUGUAUUGCCAAAGAUUAAAAGACUGACAUUGCCCAGCGUUGAUGAGGAUGAGGGGACACGUGUUCUUUGAUAGCUAUGUUGGUAAGAAAGCAAGUGGAUUUCUUGGCUAUUUAAAAUUAUAUAUACAAAUAACACAUGAAUGCAUCCUUGUAAAAAUUCUCUUAAUACAGAAAUAUACAGAGUGAAAAUUAAAAGUUCUCUUCCAGUCACUCAUCUCCACUCUCAGUUGGUUGGCACAUUUCUGGAGGGCAGUCUGGCAACAAGUAUAAAAGUUUAACAUAUGUCUAUUCUUUGACCCAGAAUUUUCACUUCUAGAAAUAUAUCCUAAGGAAAUCAUAGGGUAAGUUUCCAGGAAUAUAGAAGGAUGGUUCAUCCCAAUAUUAUUCAUAAUAACAACAGCUGACCCUUAUCAGCAUUUUGCUAUGUGCCAGAAACUGGUCUAAAAAACAUAACAUGUUCACUCACUGGAUUCUGACAACCGCCGUGUGAUAACAGUAGGUAUUAUGGUUAUUCCCAUUUUAUUGACGAGAAAGCUGAGGUCCAGAGAGGUCACAAAGCUCGUAAGUGGCUCUAGGGAUCCAAAGCUAGGCAGCCUGACUCCGAGGUCCUUGCUCUCAACCUCCACACUCUAUUGCCUCGACUGCUAUAAUGGGGAAAACAUAGGAAUACAUUGAACUGUCUUUCAGAAGGGAAUGUAAUAAAUAAAUUAUGGUACAUCCACACAAUAUCAUCAGCUUUCACAAUGUUGCUGUAGAUUGAUAUUCAUUGACAUGAAAGAGAAAAAAAGGAAGCAAUGCAACUAUGUAUUUAUAACUCCAUUUCUGUUUUUUUAUUUAUGUAAUUAUGAGGAAUUAUGUAAAUUUAUCUGUACCCAAGGAAAAAAGUUUGGAAAAAAGGACCAACACCAAAAUGUUCACUGUCAUUUUUUUGUGGGAGGCACCAUGAUAGGUGUCUUUUUUUCCUCUUAGUACAUUUCCCUAUUCAGGAAGUAAAACGAUCCUGUAUUACUCUUACAAUUUUACUUUUACUGAGAAAAGCAGUCAAGCUAUUUUUAAAGGGUUGUGACAAUUGCUGCUUUUGUCAGUGAAUGUGAGAGUGCUGCUGGUUAUUUUUCAAACAGAAAGCGGAGCUGCUUCACGCCACACCCAGAUAAAGGGCUCUGGGCGGCACUCUGGCCCCUGGCAGUACAGAGGUUUCCUGUUUCUCUGCGGCCCAGAUGCAUAGCCUCCACCACUGUCCUACAGAGCGGGGCGUAAAUGUCUCUGGGCACCCAACCACAGCGCCCUCUGGCUGCAUUUCCAUUUUCUGGCCUCAAGACAUUCUGAUUGUUGCUUCAUUCAACACACCGAGCCCUGUCUCUUACCCUGGUAGUUCUGCCUUCUAGAACACACCAACUACCUGGAACCUCAGAAACAAUACCUUAAAUAACCCAUGAGGGAGACUUGGCAAACUUGGUGGUUCUAUGCCCUCUCUAUCUACCUACCUAUCUGCCUCUCUGUCUGUGUCUUUAUUGAUUUUGUUCCAUGAAGUUGCGAGAGGGAUCUAGCAUAAAGUAUCUCUAAUAAGGAGACAAAAAUCAGUCUAAAUGAAGUGCAUCGAGAAUAAUGUAUUCAAGUGAGUCACAAACAUGGAUUUGGUGACACUUGGCAGUCAGGCACUACUUGGGGACACAUAGAGGGAGCUCACAAUCUACAGGCGAGGAGACAUCGAUCACUUCAGAGAGAAGGUGACAUUUCAGUUGGAUUUUGAAAGAGGAGUAGGGGUUUGUCAGGUGGAGAAGUGGGAGAAGGGCCUUCCAGGCAGAGGGAACAGUAAGUGCGAAGACGUGGAGGCAGGAAGGAGUUUGGCAUGCUCGGGGAACACAGAGCCCAGGACAGCUCAACUGCAAUACCUACACUAGGUAAGUAUUGAGGACAGUGGCUCCGGAGCGUUUAGAUUAAGACCAUGUUUAUAAGGAGCUGAGACAUCUGAACCUUAUAUUCAACAGGAAGCUAGCAAAGACUUUGAUUCCAUGGAGGACCAUAAGCAGACCCACAUUUUAGAAAAUUAAUACUAGCCACAAAAUGUCACUGAAGAAACUGAAACAAUUAAAAGGGAACUUCCACCAAUUCCCGUCACCACGUUUCCCUAUCUGCCGGCACCUGACCACACACACUGCCUUCCGCCGGCUACCGUGAAUGAACGGAGGGGUGUCCCCUCUAAGUCAGUCCCUCCACAUGUGCACAACAGUUCAUUUCCUCCUUCCUCCUCAAGGACUGGCUCCAGAAAUUCUCCAUCUCUUGCCUACAUUAACGAAUUUUAUCUUUCUAUGGCAUCGUUGACAUCAGCCUAUAAAUAUGCUGUUAUUCUUCCUCUCUUAAGAAAUCCUCUCUUGACCCCACUUCUCCUUCCAGCCGCUGAACCAUUUCUUUCUUUACAAAACCCUUUGAAAGAGUUGUCGUAGUCAAUGUCACCAAUUCCUCGUCUUGUCCUUUCCCUUACAUCCACUCCCAUCAGGCUUUUUCUCCCUCUGCUCCACCAAAACUGCUCUGAUCAAGGUCCCGAAUGACUCUACAUUACUAACUCGAAUGGUCAAUUCACAAUCCUUAAAUGACUCGACAUCUCCCCUUUCCUAGAAACACUUUCUUCACUUGGUACCCUGGACCUCACACACCUAGAUUUCUUCCUACUCAUUGAUGCUUCUUCUGUUUCCUUGAUUGAUUCCCCUCCUACCCCAGCCUCUUCACGUUGUUAUGUCCCAGGAUUUGGACUUUGGCCCCCUUCUCCUCUCUAUCUAUGUUCACUCCUUGGUGAGCUCAUCCAUCUGCAUACUGACAAUCCCCAAUUUCGUAUUUCUAGCCCAGAUCUCCCCACUGAACCCCAGGCUUAUUUAUCCAACUGCUUUCUCAACAUCUCCAUUUAGAGGCCUAAUAAUUACCUCAAACUUAACAUGUCCAAAACUGAGCUCCCGAUCUUCCUCCCCAAAUCUGCUCCUUCUGCAGUCCUCCCACCUCAGCCAUGCAAUUCUAUCCUUCCAGUCACUCAGGCCAAACACUCUGGAGUCAUCAUCAGCAAUACUUUCUUUUCUCUUGCACCUCACAUCCAAUCUGUUAGCAAGUCCCAUUGGCUCCAACAUCAACAUAUAUCCAGGAUCUGACACAACUUUCUGCUUCCAUUGCUGUGACUCUGAUCCAAGACAUCUCACCUAGAUUGUUAUCAUCCAGAUUAUUGCAGGAACUUCCUAAGGAGUCUCUUUAAACCCCUGCUCCUCUCCUUCAGUCUAUUCUCCACUCCUAAAGAAUGAUCCUUUUAAAACUAAGUCAGCUCAUAUUGCUUAUAACCUUCCAAUAGGUCCUCAUGCAUUUCAGAGCAAAGGCCAACAUUUUCACAAUGGCCCACAAAGCCCUAUAUAACAGCCUUUCAUUACUUACUCAGUAUGUUAUUGCAUCUGCCUCCCUUUGCAUGAAUAUUAGCUCCACUUGGGCAGAGGAUUUUUGUCUGUUGUCAGCACUCAAUCCAUGUUUUUUGAAUGAAUAAAUGAAUGUAGAAGAAGGAUCAGAGUGAGGAGAGGCUAAAAGAUGGGGGACCAGUCAUGAGGUGUUGGAAUUGCCCAGGUAAAGUUAUGAAACCUUGAAUCAGGAACGUGUAAUGGGAAAGGCAUGGUGGAAUGUAGUUCAGAGCCAUUUUGUGCCAUAAAUUUACCAGACAUGGUGACCAAAUCAAUGUUGAGGAGGAGGAGUUGAGCAGAUGUCAAAGAGAGUCCUCAGCACCAGCUUGAACAGCAAGAUAGGCAGAGGGGCACCGGUAGAGUUUUAGUUUGGAAAUGUUGAGUUUCAGCAGGAGAUGUUCAGUAAGCAGUCAGAAUAACCAUAACCAAUCCUCUCUUCUUUUUGGAAGCUACUAAACUGAAAAUAUAUAUGGUUUGUAUUAUUGUUGUACAGUCCUUCUUGGUUAAAAUAUUAAUUCUGCCAGUUUAGUAAUUGUUAUUAGUUAGAAAGCAACUAAUGUAUGCUCCAGGAUCCAGUUAGGCUUAUCAGAUGAUAAGAUCUGAUUUAAAAAUAAUUUUUCAUAUUAUACGAAUAAUAUAUAUUCAUUUGUCAAAUGAUCUUGGAAGUUAAAUGUUUCUCUCUCCAAGAGGUGGUAAACCAUCCAAACUGUGGGUAUAAACUUGGCGAUAACAAAUUCCUUAAUUUAUAUUCAUUUGGCAAGUCAUCCACAUUUAUUUUAGUAGUUUACAAAUGUCUUACUGACUCAGAGCAGGAAUUGUCUAAUUAUUUUGACCCAAGAGCCUAGCCUUCUUUUUGCGGCAUUUUCCCCAUGUUGGCACUGCGGCUGUCACUGCUCCCCACCUUGGGCCCUGCCACUUGGAGUGACAUUGCUCUCCAGGAGCUUAUGUUGGGGGUCUCUGCUAGUCACCCGGCAGCUCCAGGUGCAGGCUGUGGCCACGUUUACAGACUAGAACCCACGGGCUACAGAAGAUUUGAGAUUUGCCCGAGGUAGAAAAUUCCAAGUAAGCUUCAGGAUGAAAGCGGGAAGAGGACAGCAAACCCACUCCUGCCAGCAUGUGUGCAAGAAAAACAAAGAAGCGUGGAAAUUGGUAGAGGAAAACAAAAUUCAUCGACCUCUUCUAGGAAAGGAUGAUCUGGCUUAACAGAGAAGUGGAUCUCUCGUGCAGGUCUUUUCACCUUCAGGGAGGCAGCUGAGUUGUGGUUGUGUCAGAAGAGUUGGAAUCUUAGCAACUGAGAGCCACUCUUGGCCUCACUGAGCCUCAGUUUCCUCAUCUGUAAACUGGGAGAAUCACACUGACUCCCAAGGCUGGAGUGAGGUCCAAUGAGGUAACAUGGAUGAAUGUUUUGUAAACUCGAGGUGCCUUAUACCUGCUCUCAGAAGCCUCCUAGUGAGGGCGCAGUGUAUUUUGAUCCUUCAUGGGAAUAAAACAGCUUGAGGCAGCUUUUCCUAAAAUUGCUCCUUCCUUCUCCCCACACCCGCAUCCCAUUUUCCAACCCGUUCCUGUGCUUUUUCUUCAUAGCCAGUAUCACGGCCUGAAAACAUGCUUGUUUCUUCUCUCUUCCCCAGCAGACGGUCAGCUCUGGGAGAGGAGGACUCUGCCGUCUUGUUCACCACUGUCUCUCCAACUGCCCAGAAGGCCUGAUGUAUAUAGUAGGUGCUUAAUAAAUAGUUGUUGAAUGUUGAACAAUGGGUGAAUGCAUAAUCUGUUUCUUCCAGGGGCAAGAUGGGGUAGCAGUCAAACAGCUGGUUCUCAAACUUUGAUUUGCUUGUUUCAGGUGCAGUUUCCCCACCCCAGGGGCAUUCUGAUUUAGCAGGACUGGCGGUCUACUGAAUUUGCUACUUUUAACAAGUGCCCCGGGUGAUUCUGUUGCUAAGUCACUAAGAAAGUUACUGUGAAUCAGACAAAUCUUGUUUUGACUCCAUCCUGCCACUUUCUAGCUGUAUGACCUUAAGGAAGUAACUUAACUUCUCUGAGCCUAUUUCCUUAUCUGUAAAAUAGGAAUGACAACAUUCUCACGGAGUUGUUAUGAGAAUUAAAUCAGGUAAUGGAUGUAAAGUUUUUGGCAUAAUGCCAGUUAUGCAGUUAGCUUUCAUUGUUAUUUUUAUUAUCAUUAUUAUUUUAUGGUUAUGUCCUGGCAGGAGAAUUUUCUCCCUGGAGGAUCCCUCUGGGGAAUCCCCUCAAAGUGUGGUCUGGACCAGCAGCUCAGCAUCACCUGGAGCUGGUUAGAAAUGCACACUCUCUGCCCCACUCCGGACCUGCUGAAUCAGAAUCUGCAUUUUACUAAGAUCCCUAGGUGAUUUGUUUGCACGUUCAAGUUUGAAAAGCACUGUUCAAAGUCACCUGUACUGUUUUCUUCCUGUCUCUAAUUUCAGAGCCUGCCCUGAGGUUCAUAAGCCCUGGCAACCCAGAGACCUCUUGAUCCUGGACCCAGCUCACUCCAGCUGAGGACACCAGGAGGAGGGAUACCCUCAGCGAGCCCCAGCUAAUCCCACAGGUUCUGAACAAGUGACUGUGGAGCCAGGGGAUGGACCCAAACUCUGGUGUGCUUUCCCCUCCAUCCCCGGCCUGCUCCCAUCUGGCAGAACUCUGUAUGGAAGGUGGGAGAAGCCCAUCCGCUCAAGAGCAGAGCAGAGACUUCCCUUUUCCCUGGAGCCCGGUCCCCAACUCCAGCCUCGCUGACCCUGAUUGGUUUUGGGAUGAGCACAUCCAGGCAAAGAGAGCCAGAGUGGAGACCACCGUCCGAGGCAUGUGCCUCUCCCCUAACCCUCUAGUGCCGGUCAACAUCCGAGCCAGGGACAGCCCACGCUGCCCAGAGAAGGUCCGGGAGCGGAAGAGGAAGCAGAGCCUUCCCACGCAGCAAGGGCCUCUGAAGCCAGGCCCUGCCAGGGACCAUGGCAGCAGGAAGGGGGGCCCUCGGGUGAGAGAACAGCUUCAUCUGCUGAAGCAGCAGCUAAGACAUCUGCAGGAGCACAUCCUACAGGCUGCUGAGCCCAGAGACACGGCCCAGGGCCCAGGAGGCUCUGAGAAGGGGAGGGGCCCUCUGAGUGUAAAGCAGAGGAAUGGCUAUGGUUCUAGGCCCUGGGCUAAGGGCAGUGACCACCAGCAGGGUUCCAAUGGGGACUUCUCCAGGGUGGAAAAACACAGAGUAUCUCAGGUUGAAUACCAGUCUGAGGAACCCAGGUUCAUUCCUUCUGGAACACGGGCUUUGCUGGAGAUUCUGAGGAAAGAAUUGACCGGGGCAGUGUCCCGGGCUGUGGACUCAGUAUUACAAAAGGUUCUAUUGGAUCCUUCAGGCCAUCUGACUCAGCUGGGCAGAAGCUUCCAAGGGCUGGUGCCAGAGGGUAGAAGUGAGCCCUCACCUCCUAAGGGAGGUGCCUGUAAAGAUCCACUUCCUCUGGCUACCUUGUCCAGGAGGGCUCAGCCACAGGCUGGGGUCCCACUGGGAAACGUAUCACUGGCCAAGCCUCUAGAUUCUCCUAGGUACCCUGUCUCCCCAAGAAUGAUCCCUAACCCCUAUCAGGGUGCCCCAGCAAACUGUCCCUUGACUGUGCCUUCCCACAUCCAGGAAAAUCAGAUUCUUAGCCAGCUUCUGGGUCAUGGACCCAAUGGUCACUGGAACAGCUGUCUUCCCCAGGACUCAUCUUCCCAAAGUCACCCCUCCUCAGAGUCUGCCCUGCAACCUUGGGGUGCUGUCAAACUGCGACCGUCGGUUUUGGACCAGCAGCCGUACCCUCUGCCCUUCACUUCCACCCGUGUGGAAAGACUGCCCCUUCUUCCCUCGGUGAAGAUGGAACAGGGCGGCCUGCAGGCUGUCACAGAUGCACUUCCUUUUCCUUCCUCGCAUAUCCAGGAGGGCCUAAACCCUGGUCACUUGAAGAAGGCCAAACUAAUGUUUUUCUUCACGCGCUACCCCAGCUCCAACCUCCUGAAGGCUUAUUUCCCUGACGUUCAGUUCAACCGCUGCAUUACCUCUCAGAUGAUCAAGUGGUUCAGCAACUUUCGUGAGUUUUAUUACAUCCAAAUGGAGAAAUUUGCCCGGCAAGCGAUUUCAGAUGGUGUCACAAAUCCCAAAAUGCUGGUGGUACUCCGCGACUCAGAACUUUUUCGAGCUCUCAAUAUGCACUACAACAAGGGAAAUGACUUUGAGGUUCCAGAUUGCUUCUUGGAAAUUGCCAGCUUGACGUUACAGGAGUUCUUCAGGGCUGUCUCCGCAGGGAAAGACUCAGAUCCUUCCUGGAAGAAACCCAUUUAUAAAAUUAUUUCGAAACUGGACAGUGACAUCCCAGAGAUAUUCAAAUCUUCCAGCUAUCCCUAGGAGUUGAUUCGGAAUUAAGAUCCCACAAAGUGAGGAGCAACUGGCCAGGGUUUUCUGAGUUUGUCUUAAAUGGCAGUUAGUAUAGCUGUAGUCAUAUAAAAAGGGCAUAAGAAGAAAUCCCCCAAAUAAGUACUAUUACCAUUUCUGAUCAUUUAUUUCCGUUUCCAGAACCAUCUAGAAGUUUAACUUUAACUAUAAAAUAUAACAACCAAGUGUAAUGGUGUGUUGGUAGCAUAUCGUAAAGGAACACAACAGUUUGGAAUCAGAAGACUUAAAUCUCCGCUCCACUGUUUCCAGGUGUCGUGACCCUGGGAACUUGCAGGUAUCUCUGCACCUGUCAGACGAGGCUGUAAGGAUUAAAAGAUGAUAUGUCCUAAAGUACUCUGUGAAAUGUUACUCACUACACAAAUGUUAGUUUUUCCUCCUUGGCUUUCAAUAAGGUUAUCUUAUUUGGAUUUUUUACAAAUUGCUGGUUUUAGUUACCUAUUUAUCAAGCUUUACCUAUUUGCUAGACACUUUCAAAUAUAUUCUCGUUAAGCUUUUCAUCCUGAAAA